AUGUCGCCAAGCCCACUACUGUUGUUGGCAUGCUGCUUCGCGACUACAGCCCUGGCUGAGAAUACCACUACCCACACAGGACGUAACAUCGGCAUCGCUCUUGGAGUCGUUGGAGGCUGCGCUGUGAUUGCUGUCAUCUUUCUUGUGGUCCGUAAGAAGCACCUCUUCGUGCAGAUCAUUCCUGGCCUUGGCGAGACGUACAAGCAGGGCGAAAUGGCGAGGCAGAAGCAAUCGCAAGGCACGGGGAGGUUGAUUGAGAUGCUGAACAUGAAACCGGAUCGGUGA